GUUGCAGGUUGGGAAGAAGAAGAAGAAGAAGAAGAAGAAGAAGAAGAAGAAGAAGAAGAAGAAGAAGAAGAAGAAGAAGAAGAAGAAGAAGAAGAAGAAGAAGAAGAAGAAGAAGAAGAAGAAGAAGAAGAAGAAGAGAUGAUUUGACCAUGGAACCACCUAACUCAAGUAACCUUUUUGUUAACCAAAACCAUAUUUAAGUGGAACAAAUUGCAUAACCAUCCAUGGAUCAGAGAGGUAUCCUCAGUUUUUUUCAUUUUUAGACUCAACGUACAUUUUUUGAAUAGUUUACAGUGUAAUUUUAAAGGAGGUUAAACAGAAACUGUCAUUGUCACACCAAAAGUAUUAAAGGUGGAUAUAUGGAGAGAAGCAAAACUAAGAAAAUAUGUUCAAAUGAAAGAUAAGUAUUCCGCUGAAUCUUAUGUCUCAUUUUAUUUAAAGAAAGGACAGAGGUCCCUCUGUGCCUAGUUAAGAGCAGGUGUUUUACCCCUGGCAGUUGAAGUGGGUAAGUAUAAAGGCAUUCGUGAGGAACAGGGAUUGUGUGUACUUUGUGACCAAGGGUUAGGGUUAGGGUUAGGAUGAAUAUCACUUUGUGUUUCAUUGUUCACCAUGUCAUAGCCUAAGAAAUGUUUUAUUUAAAAAACAUUAUUUAUUUUAAGUAAGUUCUUGGAGAAGGCACGGCAGUUCAAUCAAAUCAAAUCAAUCAAAUUUUAUUUAUAUAGCACCAAUUCACAACAGUCGUCAUCUCAAGACGCUUUUCAAAGAACAAGAGCAGGUCUAAACCACGCUCAUUGUUUGAUGAUCACGAACCAACCUAAGAUGGGUUUUGGCCCAUCUCAACUAACAUGAGUAGCAGUGGCAAGGAAAAACUUCCUUUUAACAGGCAGAAACCUUGAUCAGGACCAGACUCAUGUUAGACAGCCACCAUGCCGCUGCUGGGUUGGGGAGAAAUGUAGAGAGAUGGAGGGAGAGAGAGAGGAGAGGGGAGAGGGGAGAGGGCAGGGGGAGAGAGAGAGAGAGAGAGAGAGAGAACAAGAUAAGGGGAAGGAGAGAGAGAAUGAGUAGGGAGAGAGAGUAGAGAACGAGGGUGAGAGAGAGACAGGGGACAGCAGAAACAACAGCAACAACAACAACAGCUCAUGUAAUGGUGAAACAAAAUGAGUUCAGUUUACAGGGUUAGGAUAUGAGUGAUUAUGGACAAUGUUAAAUUAAUUAAAUGUUGUGCAGAUAAACUUAGUAUCUGUAAUUCACAUUUGAAGAUAAUUAAUUGUACUUACUUUCUGACUGUCUUGGAUAUUAUUGUAUUUAAUUUCGUGAGUUUCUUGUAAGCUCACGUGAGCUGGGCACCAUGUCAAUGCAGGACACUUUGAUACAAUUUUUACGUACUUACUCAGGAGUGGAAAACAUGGGCUCAAUAUCACAUCCCAAAAAAACCAUUGUCUCUGAACACAGUUUGUCACUGCAUCCACAAAUGUAGGUUAAAAGUGUAGCAUGCAAAGAGGAAACCGGACAUAAAUAUUAAUAUCAGGACGUUUCAUCCUCUAAUCUAAGGAGGAGGCACCAGCCAGCUUGUUCUAAACACGGCAUAUUCCUUCAUCAAGGGAGGCAGCAUUAAUGCAAAACAAUAUAUGAAGACCUCGCACAAUUGGCCUACAGCAACAGCAUGCUAAAGUACAUUUUGCACAUGUUACAAAGCAUGGCUCUGUAGGGUCCGGGUACUGAAUUUGCAUGCCUGACUUGUCACCUACUAGGAAAAUUAAGUGAAUGAAAAUAUAAAAUAAGAUAAAAAUGACAAUUUGAAUACACCAUAAACUGUUGCACAGCUAAAUUCUAUAUCAGGGAAGAAUGGGACAACAUUUCACUUUCAAAACUCCAGAAGCUGGUCGUCUUGGUUCUCAACUGUUUGUAGAUUGUUGAUAAAGGAAGAGGUGAAAGAAAUGUGCCCAUAUCCUGCCUAAUUGGGGAAUUAGGGGAGACAGGGGCUUGUUGUCACAUGGGUAAGCUGUCACAUUGCAAUUAUCUUUGCUACCAGAGGGCACAACUAAAAAGUGGAAUACUAGUUUUAUUCCUUUACGUGGUCAGGGGUUGUGUCCUGUCUCAGAAGAGUAGAGCACAUUGUUAGCUGAGAUGAGUGCCAAGUAACAUUUUGCACAACCCAAAGAAAAAAAAAAAAAAGACUAUAUAUUUCAAAAUAAGAUCCUUCCAGAUAAAAAUCCUAGCAGUGAUAUAUGUGGAGUUGUUAGAGGAGACAUUAAGGCAUCCUGUCAUACCUUAGUCAUUGUUCUGUUUUAAGCUAACUUAAAGCUAGAGCUAGAAUUAGCAAACAUGGUAGUUUGGGGCAACAUGUCUCAGUCAUUUUGAGGUUAGUUGUCGCAUGUUUAAAAGAGAUUCAAAUUAACAUAGAGAGUCUGCUUAUCAGCAGUUGUAAUAUUGAAAUUUGGACUUUACUUUUACAGAAAAAAAGAGUGGUUUAAAGAAGGGGAAAAAGGGAGAAGACAUGGUCAGGAAUUACAAAAGAAAAUCAUAACAUGGCAGUGCAGUGUCUGACAUGAUGCUGAGUGCAGUCAGGCAGGUGACCCAAGCUAAUAAAUCAAACUAGAAUACAACAAAGGACUUAAAUGUCAACUACCAUACCUUGGCUCAGUACUGCAAAACAUGAACCUCAGCCAAAAUACAGAGUCAGACAACUCUCCAAACUCCAGAGCAUGUUGCAUGAUAUUAUGUUAAUGUUUGUUGUAUGGCUAUGUCCAAUGACUUUUUCUAACUCAAUGAUAAACAUUUUCUGUGCCUGGCUUUGAUGUUCACUUUCAAGUAAAAAAUGAGAACAACAAUAAUUUUGUCCUUGUUUUAUUAGCAGCAAAAUCCAUUGUGACAUCUUACCACAUGUCGUGAGACAACUUACCCGAUUGUGGGGCAACAUGUCCCAUGUUCACACUCUCUAUUUGAUUGCUUAUAACUCUGUACUGACACAAGAUAUGAAAAUGACAUGAAUACAAAAUAUAUACCUGAGACUUUGGUCUUUCAUCUGAUACACAUUUUGUUUAUAUAUGACGUAUUGAUUACAAGAAAUAUAAGUGUAAAAAGUGUGACAACAAGCCCCGGUCUGCCCUAUUUCAAUCAAAUUCAUCUGUAGCCUGAAUUCAAUUUGAUUAAUGUGUUAAGGCAGUGUUUUUGACUUGAAUUACAAUUAUAUUUCUCCCAUUAUGUUAUUUCAGUUCUUACAGCUUCCUGUUCAGUGUAUCUAAAAUGACUACAAGCUGUCACAGCAGCCCCCUCCACUCUUUAAUUGUAGAAAGCGUCCUUUUAAGAGUCCUUAGGAUUCAGAGUCUAUUUUUGGAAGCUGAAAUUUAGCGGGGACCUUUACCAUUUAACUAAAAGUUUCUUGUUUUAUUAAAAAAAAAAAGUUUGUGCGUGCAUGCAUGCGUGAGCGCGCGACGUGUCCGCCUCCGCCUAAUUCCAGCCUCCUGAGAGGGUUUGCCCCCUCCCGUUCAGUCUGGAACCGAAACUUGAGCUGUUACACCGACAGUUCUUGUUUUUCUCUCUUUACAAACGGUGACAGUAGACCUGUGUCUGAGCUUGGACUCUAGCGGAGGACGUUUUACCCUUUUCUGUAACUGUGAGCCUUUGUAAACUUUUAGGAAAGGGUCAUCAGUAUGAUACGGAACGCGGACUUCGUAUUUUUAUGCUUCCUUUUCCUGACAGUCGAAUCCCUAACAGGUAAGAAAAUAACGCCAUUAUGGCUUACUUUUGUCUAGAAUACGUGAUUUUCUCGUGUUCGGAUUAUCAUAUUAUAGUUUUUUUUAGCCAUGACAAACGCCAAUUUCUGUCACAUACUGUGAACAGCAUUUCCUCUCGUGAACGGGAAAGCUUCCCAGUAGUGACGUCACUGCUUGUCAUCCUGGCACGGACAGCCUUUAUGGUUUCUAGGAAGAAGUACCUCGAGUGGAAAAUACCCUUGAACAAAAGUUUUCUUUUUUAAAAAUUUGAGUGAAAUACCCUUGAUCAGUAAAUCUAAAUAGUCAGUCUUCCUGUUAGGUCAGAAGCGCGUGGUCUUGUCUUUACAUGGAUAACUCAUUUAUUGUGUUAGCUUAAUUAAUUAAAAAGUUUUUGACCCUCAAAGACACGAAGUGUAGGCUUUUUUUUUUUUUUGAGCUGGAGUCACCAAAAAAGUGUUAUUACAACCCCAUAAUGCUCAUCACUGCCCUUUGCAUCCGUCUGAUGUUUGAAUUGUCCUGUUAUUCAAGAAAAUAACUGUAUUUACAUUUGCUGUGUUUUCAUAUUCUUUUAACUAUUUUUUUUUAUCUUGUUUUUUUGUGAAAGAUUUUGUAUGAGAGGGAUAGGAAAAGAGUGUGUUAGUCUUUGAUUAAAAACAUUUGAAACCCAAAUGGGCUUUAACGGAUAUUUGGUCUUUCUGAACCGAUUUGAUGGAGGAAAAAAAAAAAAAAAAGAAAGAAAAAGAAAAAAAAUAUAGGAAGUACCCUGAGUUACAAAGUCAACCCUGUUAGUAGCUUUAAUAUAAUGUUCAACUUUCUCCAACAAGUAGUCAAACUUGAACAGGUUUGACAAACAGCCCCGCUUGCCCCUUUGAAAGACCUCUUUCUGGCUACCAUACGGCUUUGCUCAAAUGAAAACUUUUAGCUCCCACUUUUUAAUAAAUGUUUGACUCUGACUUGUCUUAUUACCUUGAAACUUUCAACAUGAGAAAAAUAACUUCGACCCAUAGAAACACAAAUGUUUUCUGAUUCCAAAUAUGGCCACAUAGAAAUAAUCAUAUCAGGCCAAAUAUUUAAUAUCAACACAAUGACGCACAAGCUUUGGGUUUGGCUGUAGUAAUAAUAAAUGCCUCUAAUCAGAGUCAGGAAGGGCAUGCAUUAUGCAUCAUGAUGUGCGAGAUUUUUUCCAAAUGCAUCUUUCUUCACCUUCAUACCUCAUAUUUCAGUGUCAGCGAGAUGGUUUUGUUUACAAGUUGGCCCAGACGUGUUAUCUGUAGCACCAUUCUGGGUAAAUUUCCAGAUAUCUUUUCUCCCAUUUCACCAGGAACGGUGGAACUCACAACCUUCUUUGUUGGUGCAAUUUGGAGUUGCAAUUUUAGAGUCUGAGAUGAGUUGGGAAAGAGUUUGAACCUCUUGCAUGCAUAAUCUUACUGAUUUUAACAGCAUAACUUGUUUGUCAGUGUACCUGAUCAGGUCUUCUCUGGAAAAAAAAGAUCUCUUACCUGGCCAAACAGGGGUAAAAUUCUAAAAAAAAAAAUAGUUUAGCACAAUCACUGGGAGGAACUGUCUGUUUUUAUCAAGUGUUACAGAUUUAGGUCACUGGCCUAAAUGACCAAACAAUCCAAGUCACCCUGGGUGUAUUAGAGACCAAGAAGCAAGACACACCUAUGAUAGUGACAGCUGGACUGAUAGUAUAUUGAGCUAACACUAAUGAUUGAGCAUUUCCAGGGUAACAGUUAAAGGACUAACAAAACAAACUACCCUAUAGUCAGGUUUGUAGACUUAAAAGCAGCACAUGUGAUCUGGUGUCUGACUGGGAAAACAAGGUGUUUCUAUAAAAAGUGACAGCAAGAACGAGGGCUGAAUAAGAGACAGUAUAAUUGGAAUAAUGAAUACCCCUGAGGCAGUGAUGUUCAGUCAAAGCUCUAAUUAACAAGCCAAGUUGAGUUGAAGCUGUAGCCAAAAGGUGCAGAGUAAGCUAACGUGUCUUGCUUUUUGUCAUUUUAUCACUUGCAUUAUAGAGAUGGUCAUAAACAGUGUGUCGUUUUUUUCAGUGUUCUAUGUUAAAAGUGAUAUGCUUGGUUUUGUUGUGAAUGUUAUGUAUGCUGUCUCACAGAACAUGUAUAAACUUUAAUGUCGUAUGUUUUGAAUUAGAAACCGUUUGUCAUGGAUUUCACCUGUGCUCGAUGGUGUCGAUGUCUGUAUGUUUUUAAGAUCACCUUCAUGACUUCUUUAUAUGUUCCAUUUGACACUAUGAAAUGUAGUGUCAAGAGGAGCUAGGUGGUUUUAGAAAAAAAAAAAAUCUUUAUGCUUCAUACAUUGCAGAAAGGUUGUAUAUUAAAGAAAAAUUCUGUUAUUCAUGCCAGAUAAAUAAACAAAAAAAAUUUCAGUGAAACAGUUUUACUUUGAAUUUUUUGAUCUUUGCGUCUACCGUCUGCUUUUCAUUAAAAUCCGACCCAGGCCAUAUUUUUGUGAUCAUAACUUGUAAUUAAAUGAAGACUCAUCAUCUACUCUGCAUGUGAUCAUUGCUGAUUUGCAUGCACUUCAGAUGUGAAUGCACAGUUAGGAUAUCUGACACAUGAUAUGCUGAUAUCUUCAUACCCAUAUUUGUAGGUAUUGAUUCCAUUAUAGUGUAUACAUACCUUUUUUCACAGUAAAGAAAUGCUGAGUUUCAUCUGUACUAGAAUUUUCCUCUUACAGUGGCAGUCUUGUUUGUUUCAGAAAAAGACAUAAAUUAGACUUACAUUUUAAUCUACCCUGCAGUAUUGUGUUUGCUACUUCAAUAUGGUUGUCAUAUUUAAGCUUGUUCUCUUGCUGAAGCUGUUGUAAUGUUUGCACAAUUAAUACAGCACCUUUUCAGCUGUACUUAUCUGCAGAAAUGUGUAUGUUGUUCAAUAUCAUCAUAGAUUAACCUUUUGUGCUGAAUUUGUCGAAAAUUAUGUAAAUAUUGUGCCCUGAAUUUUGUGCAUUUGUACAUUUCACUAAUUAGAUGGUGUCAAGGGAAUAAUGAUUGUGCAUUACACCAUUUAUUGUAUUUAGAUGAAGCUUACACCAGCUAUCAGUGACUUUUUAAUCAAAGUAUGUCAUUGUACUGGUGAAAAUAAACAAUUUUUAAACUUAUAUUGUAUUUUUGGGACAAAGAGUACAAAAACAUGUUGUGAAAUGUGAAAUUAGCAGAUAGCCAGAGACUUGGUUAAGUUCAGAUGUGCUCUCUUAAAUACUUGGCUAUCUAUUGUGCUUCAUGCUGAGUAUUUUAUAAUGAAAUCACUCAUCAGAUAGUUUUCUCAUACUGUGCAGCCUCAUCAAAGCUAGAAAAGACAUGGUUACAGGCAAAUGCUGGGAUAAGUACAAUUCUAAUCCAAUUUUGGCACAGAAUAGACAGAUAUGAAGAAAAAAAUUAAUAAAGACAGACAACAGAGCUGCCAAAGUCAGCUGCAUUAUCUUUGACUUUACUGUGUUAUCAAGCCACAUGGGACACUUUGUCUUCCAGAAAAACAGCUCUAGACAGGGAGGUUGUUUGAUGAAGUAGGUGGCUCACAUAGAGAUAUAAUGCAAUUCCACAGAGUAUCUGCUUGAAAUAAAACAGCACUUAUUCACCCUUUGACACAGUGACAGAAAUGUGGAGGAGCUGUUCACAGAUUAAGAUGCUCAUAAGAGACACAUUAGCAAACCUCAUCAUUCACUCUUUUGUCUUUUCUUUUCUCCAUCUCAGAUAAUAUCUUACCUCCAACUAAUUUGUCCCUUCUGUGGUCAGACAAUUUUGUCUUCCACUUGUUCUGGGAACCACCACCACAUUCAAUGGAAAACUGCAAGUAUGAAGUCACGACAAAAACCAAAGUGAAAUCCAGCGAGGAAAUAGUGAGUAUUCAUGUUAUUUCUGGAUAAAAUAAUUAAAUAUUAAUCUAUUGAGUUGUUCUUUAUUUAAGUUUUUUGGUUGGUGAACCUUCAUUUUGUGACAAUUUUGGUGCCCCCUGUGGAUAGAAGAGUCAUCACUUAGUUUGUCCUCUAUAUUCACACUGGGCGAUAUGGCCUCAAAUCCAUAUCAUAAUAUAUUGAGCAGUUCACCUUGAUAACGAUAAAUGGACGAUAACUACUUCACAAGCUGCCCACCCCCUCCCACAUUAACUUUGUCUACUUCAGCCGCCGCUCCAGCUGCUACAACUUUUGAACCGUUCUCCAUCUCCUCACCUGUCUUUCCCUCUUUAUGGACUGGAUGGGGUGGAGUCAUGUCUCUGAUGUAGAACAGCAUCUUAAAGGGACAUGAGACCAUAGCCUACCUACACAUAUCCAAAACCAACUUUUAUUUAUUUUUUUUUGACACUGAAUAUAUCAAUAUGAGCCAAAUGAUGUUGGUUAUUGUCGUAAUUUCGGUAUCAGUAAAUUUGCGGUUUAUCGCCCAGCCCUACUCUAUAUGCUUAUGUAUUGUCUUGUCUUGACCCAAAGUUUCAUCCUGCUGACUUCAGAGAGCCAAAUGUAUAACUUAUUGUGAUUAUUAUAUGUGGAAAUAGUAAAAAAAAAAAGCAGGAUCAAAGCCCUUGCUUCACCCUAUAUUAUUUACCCAUGAGCCCCCAGUGAUAGUGCGGGGGGACUAACACUGGUUCUGAGCGACCCUGCAGGGGGUUAUUUCUGAAGUUUAAGAUGUUCAACAAUAAAUGUAGCCCAGCGCCUUUCAUGGGACAGGUGAUUGACAUAACUUUGAGGCAAAUAUUAUUCCUAACUUGUUAACAAUACUAUGAUUACAGUCCAAGUCAGUGAAGUAUCUCUCUGACUAUUCUGAUAGGAGGUUGUCACACAAUUUUCACUGCUCCUUACUGCAUUAAAAUCUGCCUAAAAUCUUUAAAGCAAACCCACAAUGCAGGGGACUUUGCCAAGCAUUCAGUCAGGAGCUGCAACUGAACAGGGCAGGGCAGCAUUCAGACUAACAGUAUGGAUUAUUAAGAUGAAUAUAACAUGAAUUAUGAAUAUAAAUUACUUGAAUCUCAUAGAUAACAGAAGGAUGACUUGAUAAAAGUCAUGCUGAGACUGAAGUAUCAUCUGUCUCUGAUAAAAUCCAUGUGUACCUGUACUCUGAUUCUGCGUCCAUCAUCUAAUAUCCCUUAACCCUGACCCUAGCUAGAAAUCUGGAAUGCAACACAAGUUUUAUCGGAAAAAAAAAAAGGUUUCUCCUCUGUAACUAUCCUCUUUACCAGCUCUUCUAUAGAGUUGUGUAUUUCUUCUCUCUUGUUUAAUUGUGUUAAUGUCUUGAUGAGUUGCAGGAUGACGAUGUCCACACUGCUCCCUGGAAUGAUUCCAGACCAAUGGAGGGUGGCUCUCUAGAGCUGUCUGUUAAAACUGUAUGUGGACUGAUGAAGAGUAGUCCAGCUGCCCUAAAAACCCCUUAUCCAGGUAGCUUUUUUUUGCAUACCAAUGCUCCACCAAAAGAGGCCUAAAGUUUAAUCAUUAUGGACCAUAAGAGUUAUAAAAAGUAAAUAUGUUUUUUUUUUUUUCUCAGAUUUGGUGAAACAUUUUGAGUGCAAGGUCAAGUCCUUACAACGAACUCACUGCUCCUGGCUCAUCGCCACUAACGCUCCAGACCUUCGUUUUUUUUAUCGGUAUGUCUACAAUUGCUUUUUGUUUUUGAUUACAAUCACUGUUCUCUGCAUAUUAGCAUGAAACCAGAAUGAUCGCAGAAACCAUUCAUCACUAUUUCCUGCUAUUGCUCACAAUAGUAAGCAUAGUUGUGAGAACACAAUAGACCGAACUGACAUAGAGCUUUUAUACGAAACAAAACGCAUAUAUUUACAGCUAGAAAAGCUGAAAGUGAAACAGUCAGAUUGAAACUGACACUCAGGCUUUAGGAAAGUCUAAUGAAGAGGUGGAAAUGUGUCAUUCAUCCUCAUGUACAUUCAGUGGUUAUGACUCCAUGACUGUUUUUUCCUGGGCCCAGAUCAUUUCUGACUGACUGUUAAGGAAAAGAUACUGAACCGACAGAGGCAGACUGUUUUAAUUGGUCUUGCAAACAAACAGCCCAAGAGUUCUCGUUGAGAGAUUUUCACUAAGUAGUUUGUUUUGGCUGGCUGUAGUGGCUGCCAUGGAAACAUGAGGUUUUAAAGCAAACAGGGGAAACUUGAGAAAGUCAAGAUAUGCCAAGCAAUACUUAAACUCUCCAGCUUCAUAUAAUGACCAGAUGUCUGACAGAUAACUGUCUGUAAGUUAUCUUAAAGGGAUAUUCUGGCAUAAAUUUUAGUUAUGGUCAAACAUACUGUAAUACUUAGUUAGACACCCCCCCGAGAGAUGAAUGUUGCUAACCGCUUGCUUCUCAAGUUAUACCAACUUCAGCAUUGACCGCCCGAUAGCAAUAGGCAGCAGUCUAUGUCUCCAUGCGCAAACCUCAGCCGAUAAGCCACUCUAUAGCCACAAAUAGAUAGACAAUUUUACGUGAAUCUUGGGGAUCGCUCAUCUAAAUGUUUUGACAUGAAGUAUGGUGUUCCCCAAGGUUCCAUUUUAGGCCCUACUCUUUAUAUGUAUAUAUCUUUAUAUGUUACCUUUAGGGAAUGUCAUCAGGAGGCACGGCAUCAAUUUCCACAGCUAUGCUGACGACACACAACUUUAUGUUGCCGUGUCUCCUGAUAACAGAGGGCCACUCGAUGCCCUUUUUAACUGCCUUUUAGACAUUAAAUCAUGGAUGGCAGAGAACUUUUUAUAGCUCAAUCAGGACAAAACUCAGGUUUUAGUCAUUGUGACAGGGGACAAGAGAGAGAAACUGGUCAGCAAACUCAAAGUAUUAUCAUAUAAUCCAAGUCAACAAACUAAAACUUUAGGUGUUUAUUUGAUUCAGAACUAAGCUUUGAGCCUUACAUAUGAGAUAUCACCAAGAAGGCAUUUUAUCAUUUAAAAAACAUAGCCAGAAUGCGACCGUUUCUCUCUCAAGCUAAUUAUUGUAAUGCCCUCCUUUCUGGCCUCCCCAAAAAGAACAUUUCACACCUGCAGUUACUCCAAAAUUCAGCUGCACGGAUGUUAACAAGGACCAGAAAAAGAGAGCACAUUACACCGAUUUUAAGGUCUCUGCAUUGCCUACCCAUCUCUUUGAGAAUAGAUCUUCAGGAAGUUCUCUGUUAACAAUACCUAAAGUUAAAACUAAAACAUACGGUGAGGCAUCUUUUUAUUACUAUGGCCCCCGUCUAUGGAACAGCUUACCUGAAGACCUGAAGACUGCACCUAAUCUUAAUGAUUUUAAAAGCAAACUGAAAACAUACCUUUUUAGUCUUGCGUUUAACUAAAUUUAUAUCAUUAACUUUAAGUGUUUUGGCAUUUAUCUCUUCUAGUUUUAAUGACAGGAUUGUCUUUAAUUGAGCUAUUUUGGUGCUCUUAUUUUAGUAUCUUUUACUCUUGUUUUUAUUUCAUUUUAUUUAUCAUUUCUCAAAUUUCAUUCUAUGCUACUUUGUUUUUAGAUUUUAACCUAAACCUCCUGUGUUUCCUUAACUUGAGUUUUAAAAUGACGUUUCCUCAGUGCACACAUUCCUGUUUCCCAAAAUCAAGCCCUUUUAAGUUUAUGCAUUUUAAUACUGUUCUGUUGCAAUUAGAUCGUGGGGUAGGACUGAGGGGUUUGGCUAAGGUAGAUUUGGGUAUUCUUUUAAUCUUGGGUUGGGGUAAAUUUGGGUAUUCUUUGUUUCUUUUUUUCCUUUUUCUGUGUGAAGCACUUUGUGCUACAUGGUUGUGUAAAAAAAGUGCUAUACAAAUAAUAACUGAUUGAUUGAUUGAAAUAAUUCUCAGAACAGCACCUAACUUCAUCAACAGUAUAGGGUCCCAGCCAUAGUACAAGCCAUCAAACAGCUUUUUAGCUUUGCCUGCUUUCUUUGGCAAAGAGACCAAACACAACUCACCCACUCUCCUCCAGCAGCUGCUUGUUUGUGGGGGAGCCCUGAUGAGUCGAACACCAAGUGCAGUGGAGUACCGUUGAUGAAGGUGCUUUUCUAAGCAUUAUAUGCCGCUAUAGAGUGGCUUUUUGGUUAAGGUUUGUGUGUGGAGAGUAGACUACUGUGUAUUGCUAUUGUGUGGUCGUUACUAAAGUUGGUAUAACUAGAGAAGGAAGCGGUUGGCAACAUUCAUCUCUCAAGGGGUGUCUAACUCAGUGUUACAGUGUGUUUGACCCUCACUUAGUUUUACUAUGGAAAAUCCCUUUAACGAGUGUUGAUAGACUAAUAUUUUAGACCUAGAGAAGUGGUCUGUGCAUGUUGUUAGUCUUUAUUCCAUGUUAAGGUCCCAUCUAAAAAAUCCCAUCCAUGUAUAUGUAAGUUACUCCUCAGCCCAACAACAUAGCUACUACAAGGCGAUUUGUCCAGGGUGAGGUAAAAACACUCCCUCAACUCCAGUGAUUCUACCUCCUCCUCCAGCCUCUCAGUUAUUGGCUGCAAAAUCUUUCAUGAAUGUCUCUAUUCGAUCCCAGCACCAGAGGAGAAAAGAUAACAGUAGCUGCAUUUUAUUUUUGACAGCAUGCCAGCUACAGCUGUGGCUCGUUUGUUUUUUGCAAACUCGAAUUCCACUCAAAAACAUGCUGAUGCAACAGUUGUCCUUAACUGUUACUUGGGGACAGAUUCUGAAUCACACCAGUUCUUCUUGCCAGAUCUUUUUUUUGUGUUUUUUUUUCACGUCUGCAUCUAUUCACUCAUCCACACUCUACCCUUUUAAACAACAUUCAGGAUGAUGGAUGAGUAGAUGCGUAAUGGGUCAUGAUUCUAGAAACUUUAAGGCGGCAUUUGCUCUGCAGAAGCUAAAUUUGUGAUAUUUCUUGCAAGUGUCAAGUGGGACAUGUUGGACAUGGCUAGAAACUCCAUUAUGCAGAACCUUUGAGCUGCUGGCUGUGCCCCUUAUUUUGCACAUUCAUACAAAAAUUUGAAUUAUUUUUUUGAGCAUCUCUUCCAAAAAGGCAAAUAACCAUAAUUCCAAAAGCAUCUUCAUAUUCAGCUUUGGAGUUUUGAUAUGGUGUACAUGACAGUAAAAACCUUCUUCUCUUCUCUUCUCUUUUCAAGGUUAGUUGAUCUUGAUGUAUCUAUCUAUGACAAACCCUCAACUGACAUACAUGAGUGCAAACCAUCUGGUGGCAUCAGAAAUGGUUGUGAUCUGCAGGCCAAACUCGGCCAGUCACUGUUCGGCUUUUUCAAUGCAACGCUGGACAACAAGCCUGUCAGGAACAGCUUCAGGAGAGAACUUGACCAGGGUAUGCAGAAAUAGCACUGCUUUAGCAUCAUGUUUUCUUUAGAGGAAACAUUCUGUUGAAAUUUGUUGCACUUCCUCAUUAAUUAGCUGAAUUACAGGACAAGUUGCUCUCUUUAUUUUCUUGGAAGUAUUUUAGCAGCGACCAUGAUUUGGGGAAUGUGAAGCUAUUGGCGUGAUUUUCCUGCCUAAUAUUGGGUUUUACACAGCCUAAAGGUUAAAUAGAAACAACAAUAGUCAUUACAGGAACGAUAAAAUGUGUGUAUGACUGUGCAAGACUGCUUUGUCAUGAGCAUCUCUAUGUAAUGUCUUUCUCAACACAGGGGAGCUUCCUGCCCUCGACUGGAAGGUCACCAAAACUGAGAAUGACUUUAUUAUAAACUGGACUCCUCCAGAGAUUCAACCUCUGACUGAAUGGACUUUUAUAGUCAAUUACACUGAGUGUAGAACACACAAGGUAAGAAAAAGAAAUGAUGAGAAAUUCUUUGACUACGAUGAUUCUUACAUUUUCAUAAGCCUGUGCGUAUGCUGGCAUAGUGGCCACAUUUGUUAUUUAUGACCUUAAACCUCUUUUAAUAACUAAAAGCAAAUUCUGUGAAAAUUAAACCCACUUACAGCAUGAUGAGAACUAACUACAAUGACUCGAAAUGUUCAGAAGUGACUAAUUUCCUUCCUUGUUAAUCGGAAAUUUGAGUCAUGACUGGCUAAACAAAGGGUUAUGGCGUCUGCAGGUAAAUGCUGUAAAACUGGUUUGCAGAGACAACUCAAUUGUCUGAAACCAGAAUACUGUCAGACUGCCAUCCCACGAGAAUACAUUUGCCAGUGAAUUAACAUCCGGUUAGUCGAGCAUUUUGACAUCAUUGCAGCCUCAGACAGGAGCUCCACCCCUGUCCAGGCUGAAUGGCUGCACUAUUGCUAAAACACAACGUCACUGGCUUACAAAAUUAAAAACAUUAGGAUAUUCCGGUGUAAAUUUGAGUUAUGGUCAAACACACCAUAAUACCGAGUUAGAGAGCACCCUCCACCCCCACCCGCUGAGAGAUGAAUGUUGCUGACCGCUUGCUAGUUAUACCAACUUCAGCAAAGAUAAAUAUCAACUAGUCAGGGCUCCCCCACAAAGAAGUGACUGCUGAAGGAGAGUGGGUGAGUUGUGUUCAGUUCCUUUGCUAAAGAAAUCAGGCAAAGUUAAAAGGAUGUUUGUGGCUUGUGCUAAAGCUGAGACCCUCUAUGUACUGUUGAUGAAGUUAGGUGCUGUUCUGAGCAUUAUUUGUGGCUAUAGAGUGGCUUUUUGGUUGAGGUUUGUUUAUGGCUCCUCAGACUGCUGUCUAUUGCUAUUGUGCGGUCUUUGCUGGAGUUGGUAUAACUAGAGAAACAGGCAGUCGGCAAAAUCUUGAGGGGGUGUCUACCUCUGUGUUAUGGUGUGUUUGACCAUAAUUUCAAUUUAUGCUGGAAUAUCCCCUUACAUACAUCUUGCACAAUUUGGUCUUGUUUUUUGAGUGUUUCCUUGCUGUUAGAUUAGUUGGUUUGUCAAAAUUUAAAUUUCAGUUGGGAAGGUUGCCUUCAUUACUCUGAUAGUCAUUGAGAGUUUAAAGCAAGUUUUAAAGUUAUUUUUUCAGUUGAAACAUUGGUCAUUAGUCGUAGUAGUUUUACUUUGCCACAGUUGAAUUCAGACAUAUUGACGUGUUCCUCAUUAUGCUGAAGGAAACGAAGACGAUGAGAACGUCUCUAAAGCUGCCCAAGCGCUCAGACUGUUCAUACCAGAUGUCCAUCCAAGCCAAGGAUGGGAAAGCAGAGACGCAAUGGACUAAGGAGGUGUUUUUUGGUAAAGUCAUUUUGCAUUGGAACUUCAAAAAAUGAACUGUUGGAUUUUUUUAAGCUUAUAGGAUGAAGUAUUUCUUUUCUGUACCUGUAGCCUUAUGAUAAAAUGCCCUAGCCCAACUUUCGUUUCAAAUUCAAUCAUUUAAAGUCAAUAUUGUGAUGAUUUUAAAAAUAACUAUGAUGCCACCAUCUAGUGGAGGAAUUUAAAACUGGCACAUUGUUUUUUAAGUCUAAGAAAGUUUUAACUGCUGUUUUAAUCAGCCUUAGCUGAACAUAAAUGUGUUUUUUUUCCAUUCAGAUGCAGAAACAGAUCCUAAUGCUAUGGUUUAUGCUGCAAUUAUAAUUCCACUGAUGUUUGCUGGCCUGGCAGCCCUCGUCUUUAUGUGUUACAGGAAGUAUGUACACUCUUCACUUCUUGACUUCAUAAUAGUUGUUUGCAGUUCUUAUAUUCAGAUUUCUUUCUACAGGAAUAAGGAAACUAUUUUCCCCAAAAUACCAGAACCUCGAGACCUUCUCAGUGGAAUUUCCAACAAUAACAAUAAGGUGAUUUAAAUGGUUUUAUCCUUGAUUUACUUCCUCAAAUCAAAUGUUAAUAAUUAGUAUAACUAAACAAGCACACAUGGCAAAAUUGCACAUUUUUGAGAAUUAUUAUGAAGUCCAAACAGUGCUCAGCUGCAUCUCACAAUGUAAAUGUGUCUCUUUGUCUCCUUAGAGCUUUGUUCACAACCUGUUUAUCCCUGCAGAGGAGGAGGAACACUGUAAAAUCACUGUGAUAGACCCACAAACAGACAAACUCUGCUCCUGACAAACGGCUGUAUUGGACGUCAUCAACUCCCUGAUUCAUCUUGAGCAAGUUCAGAAAACAAAUUUGUCUUGGACUGUUUAUGUAAUGAAUCAUGGAGAGUGUUGAAAGGAUGAUUUUAUGCCAGCUCUUUGAUAAACUGCUGCUUUUUCAGGCAUAUUGAGCUGUAAUAUGUGUCGGGGAGUUGAACACAAACAUUGGCAGCUACUAAACUCCUGCACAUGGUUGUUCACAAACUGGAGCUGAAGUCAAACUUAUAUAAAACAGGAGUUACACUGAAUAAUCCUGAAACAGGAAGGGCAACAUGAGUGUGAAAUCUACAUCUGGGGUGUAGAAAUGCUUUCGAUCUUUAUCACCCUGUAAUGUUUGUGCACGCUUCUAUCUUCUUUUCUCAUUCUAGUCCUUUGAUGCAUUAAAGAAACACAAGAGCACCGUGGGGCUUCAGGCACUUUUACGUAAGAAGCCCUUGCACACUGUAGGGCCCCAGUAGCAGUGGAGAGAGAGAGAUCACUUAUGCAGAGCAGCAGGAGUACUGUAUAAUAUAUCCGUUCACAUGGCCUGGUGCAAGGACUGAUGCAAUCGACAUAUGAGAAAAAACACUUUUUCACUUCUAUUUUUACUGAUAAUUGUUUCAGCAGUAAAAAAAAUCUGUUCCCAGCUAUGGUGUUCCCAAGUUUCACAGAUUUCAUGUAAUGCAUUUGUAAAUAAAAAGUGUUUUUAUAUUGUUUUUAAUCUCAGAUGAAGCAGCUUUAUUUAGGGAUAACAGUUUCUUAUCUCUUUGGCGUCUGUCCUUUUUGGGUUUCAUAGAUAAAUAAACUGUCUUUCUGGCUUUCUGAACUGGCUUUCAGCACCUUUCCUUUUAACUGCAGCCUAUAUAAUUUUUUUUUUUUUUUUUUUAACUGAGUAAAUUACAGAGAUUUUUAAAAAUCUUUUAUAUUUGUUAUUAUUUCAGCAGGAGCACUGGUCUACUUUUCUGCACAGAUUGUUUAAUAAACUUUAACUCGGGCCAGCUGACAUGUAUCAGUUAAACACAGAGCCCUGUUGAUCUACUUCACCUUGCUCUUUGCCGUAUUUUGUUGUUUUGUCGUUAUGCUGCUGGCCAGCUCAGUGGGUUUUUCUUAGUAUUUGUCUAGCCUCAGUUGGUGACCAAAAGGUUAUUUUUUUCAGACAAGGCAUGGGCCACAGCUAAUCCUAACAAAAAAGUAAGCAAACAUGUUCAACUUUAAGACAAGCAGUUUUGACUAUUUGAAUGUUGUUAAGCUCAUAAAAUUGAGGAUUUUUUUCUGUGCCUGUAAUAAAUAAAUGUCCCCAGUUUAAUUUAACUAAGAUUUUAACUUUUGUGUAAAGUUCUUAGAGCACCUCUGAGAUAUGUUGCUAAAACUGUGAUCUCUUGGUUACAGUUUUGCCUUUAGUAUUGAAAUAUUAGAACAAACCAGCAUCUUAAUGUCUCCACCUUUGAGUGAGGCUCAAGCCAGCCAAAUAGCUGCCAAUAUCUCUUUUGAUUCUGAAUGUUAAACAAGAGGCACCUUUAACAGAAGUCCGAUUGUGUUUUUAUUGAUACUUUGUGGUUUAGAAAACUUGAUUACUAUCCAGCAUCUGCCAUUACUGUGUACUUUUGUAAUUGUGUUUGCUGUUCUUUUAAACAAUAAAGAAAAUGGGCAUUCUAAAAAAACUUUUAAGCAAAUGUAUGACAGACCACAUCCCAUUUUUAAAACUAUCAAAACUGUGUUGCUUAGGCGUUCAUUAUUCUUCUGUCUUUUAGGUUUGCGUUUUGAUAUUGAGUGCAUUUUAAAAAAAAUUUAAAUGAGUCAACAGAAAAAAAAAAAA